CUACCAGACCCUCGAUCAUGAUAUUGCAAGCAGGGCACCAGAUAUGACAGACUUUGACUUGUCUUUCAUCCCGGCGCUUUACAAACCAUCGGCUCUAUUGCCUAUUGCGAGACAUAAAGCCAGCCUACUCUACACGGUCGAGACCCACCAAGUUACUGUGAUCAUCGGACAGACAGGUAGUGGAAAGACUACUCAGUUGCCUCAGUUUCUCGAGCAGUCAGGAUGGUGCGCCGACGGGAAAUGUAUUGCAGUCACUCAGCCCCGUAGAGUUGCCGUUACCACCGUAGCGACUCGAGUUGCAGAGGAGAUGAGAUGCCAGGUCGGCGAGGAAGUCGGGUAUUCUAUACGUUUCGAGGAUGUCACCUCGUCACGGACGAAGAUCAAAUUCCUCACCGACGGCAUGCUACUCAGAGAAGCUCUCGUCGAUCCUCUGUUGACAAGGUAUUCUGUCAUCAUGGUAGACGAAGCCCAUGAAAGAUCUUUGAGCUCGGAUAUUCUACUCGGGUUGUUGAAGAAGAUCAAGAAGCGACGGCCAGAACUACGAAUCAUCGUCAGCAGUGCCACGCUCGAAGCCGAACGGUUUUUUGAGUUCUUCAAGCAUGAAGGCGAAUCCGACAACCAAGGUCGAAUCGUCAGCAUUGAAGGUCGUACGUACCCGGUCGACAUUCUCUAUCUAGACCAACCGACGGAUGACUAUGUGGAGAAGGCGGUCCAAACAGCCUUCACAAUACAUCAGCAAGAAGGUCCUGGCGACAUCCUCGUCUUCCUUACCGGCAGAGAAGAAAUUGAAACUGCCAUGCAGAAAUUAUCUGAACUUGCAGCGACCCUGCAUCCUAAAGCACAAGCUCUCCAGCCAUUACCGUUAUAUGCCGGCCUCAGCACAGAUGAUCAGAUGUACGUUUUCUCGGAGGCAGCGGAAAAUACCCGCAAAGUCAUCCUCAGCACCAACAUCGCAGAAGCCUCUGUGACCGUCUCUGGCGUAGUGUACGUUGUGGACUGUGGCUUCGUCAAACUCCGAUCCUUCAACCCUACCACGAAUAUUGACACUCUGACACCAUUCUCAUUAUCAAAAGCUUCGGCCAUCCAACGGGCGGGACGUGCAGGAAGAACUCAACCCGGAAAAUGCUUUCGACUGUACACCCAACAGUCUUACGAGGCGCUUCCCGCCACAACCCCUCCGGAAAUCCAGCGUUCGAAUCUCGCCCCGAUGGUGCUACAGCUCAAGGCUCUGGGCAUUGACAACAUAGUCCGGUUCGAUUUUAUAUCUCCACCGCCGUCACAACUUCUGGUUCGCGCGUUCGAUCUGCUCUACUCCCUCGGCGCGGUCGACGACUACGCCAAGCUCACUUCACCCCUGGGCACGCGCAUGGCGGAACUGGCCAUCCCGCCCAUGAUGGCCAAGUCACUUCUCGCGUCCUCCGACUUUCGGUUCAACUGCCAGAGCGAAAUGCUGACGAUAGCAGCCAUGACUUCCCUGCAGGGAAACGUGUGGUUCCACCACAGCGGCGAAAAGAAAGCCAUGGACCUCUCGCGCCGCAAAUUCGCGGCCGAAGAAGGGGACCACCUCACGCUGUUGAACGUCUACCAGGCCUUCGUCACCAAGGGAAAGAAAGAAGCUCGUUGGUGUCACGACCACCACGUCAAUUUCAAAUCCAUGCAGCGCGCCGUGAGCAUCCGGAACCAGCUGAGACGUUAUCUGGAGCGCCUGGGCGUGAAACUUCAGGAGAGCUCUUCUACGACCGCCGCCAGCCAGCCUCACCUAUCAACUACCGCCGCCCAGCCAAGCCGACAAGCCGACAAGCCAACGGCAAUCGUCAAGUGUUUGGUGGCAGGGUUCUUCGCCAACGCCGCAAAGAUGCAGCCGGACGGCAGUUUCAGGUCCGUCUCGGGCAAUGUCACCAUGCACGCACACCCGACGAGUCUGAUGUUCAAUCGAAAGGCGGAAUACGUCAUCUUUCAUGACCUCCUCGAGACCGGCGACAAGGUAUACAUUAAGGACAUAAGCAAAGUAGAGAAACAGUGGUUGGUUGACUAUUCGGGAGGAUACUAUAAUAUCAAGUAGGUGUGGUCGACCUUAAGAAUCUGUACAAAUGCAAACUGGUGUACAACAUCCACAUUGCUCAGGACGCACUUUUCCACUCUACCGUUUCUUUG